UCUAAAGGCUGGUACUACGUUCGCUUUUCAUGUUAUUUUUCGCCCAUUACUUUUAUUUCAGGACAAAAAACCUCCAAUUUCAUUCUUUUGUGUCGUUGGUUUGUGUUUGUUAGAACAUUGCUGAAACUUAAAUAAAUCGGUGAAAGUAAGGGGUGUUUAGGAAUUUAUCAUGGCCGGUUUAAAUCCUUUUGCUCAGUUUCAAAAGUCGUUCGCAAACGGCGGAGUCGAAUACAAAUACUUUGAUUUGGCCUCAAUAGAUCCAAAAUAUGAUCAAUUGCCGUAUUCUAUCCGCAUCCUUUUGGAAUCUGCCGUACGAAAUUGUGAUAACUUCCAUGUGCUUGAGAAGGAUGUACAAAGUAUACUGAGUUGGACUCCGGAUUUGAAGCAAGGUCAAAACGAUGUUGAAGUAUCUUUUAAGCCGGCUCGUGUGAUUCUACAGGAUUUCACUGGUGUACCUGCCGUUGUUGACUUUGCGGCUAUGCGCACUGCUGUAUAUGGCUUGAACGGUGAUCCGGAGAAAAUCAAUCCCAUAUGUCCUGCGGAUUUGGUUAUCGACCAUUCAGUGCAGGUGGAUUUCUCACGAACUGCCGACGCAUUGUCUAAGAAUCAAAAUUUGGAAUUCGAACGUAACAAAGAGCGUUUCACAUUCUUGAAGUGGGGUGCACGGGCUUUUAAUAACAUGUUAAUUGUUCCACCUGGAUCCGGCAUUGUUCAUCAGGUCAACUUAGAGUAUUUGGCCCGUGUGGUAUUCGAAGCAGAUGCUGAAGGUGGCAAAAUAUUGUAUCCAGAUAGUGUUGUAGGCACAGAUUCGCACACCACCAUGAUCAAUGGCUUGGGCGUAUUGGGUUGGGGAGUUGGAGGUAUUGAAGCAGAGGCUGUAAUGUUGGGUCAAUCGAUUUCUAUGUUGUUACCUGAAGUCAUUGGGUACAAGCUGGUAGGUAAAUUGGGACCGCUUGUUACAUCCACCGACUUGGUUUUGACUAUAACCAAGCAUUUACGUCAACUAGGCGUAGUCGGAAAGUUCGUGGAAUUCUAUGGUCCUGGUGUAGCUGAACUUUCGAUCGCCGAUCGAGCUACAAUUAGCAACAUGUGUCCCGAAUACGGUGCGACAGUGGGUUAUUUCCCAAUCGAUGAAAAUACUCUGAGCUAUAUGAAGCAGACAAACCGUUCGGAGAAGAAAAUCGACAUCAUUAGACAAUAUUUAAAAGCCACGCGUCAAUUGAGAGAUUACUCCAAUGAAUCACAAGAUCCCAAGUUUACCCAAAGCAUUACACUUGAUUUGAGUACUGUGGUAACUUCAGUGUCGGGACCUAAACGACCCCAUGAUCGUGUCUCUGUGUCCGAAAUGAAGAAGGACUUCCGAUCCUGUUUAGUUAGUCCCGUUGGUUUCAAAGGCUUUGCUAUUCCUUCGGAUGCCUUAGAAGCUUCUGGGCAAUUCCAAUGGGAUGAUGGAAAGAGUUAUACCAUCAAACAUGGCUCCGUCGUUAUUGCAGCCAUUACAAGUUGUACUAACACUUCAAACCCCUCCGUCAUGUUGGGCGCUGGAAUGUUGGCCAAGAAAGCCGUUGAGAAGGGUUUGAGCAUUAUGCCCUACAUCAAAACGUCCCUGUCUCCCGGUUCGGGGGUGGUUACGUACUAUCUGAAAGAAUCGGGCGUUAUACCGUACUUGGAGCAACUAGGUUUCAACAUUGUGGGUUAUGGUUGCAUGACGUGCAUUGGCAACUCUGGACCCUUGGAUGAAAAUGUGGUCAACACUAUUGAAAAGAAUGGUUUGGUUUGCUGCGGAGUCUUGUCCGGAAACCGCAACUUCGAGGGCCGCAUUCAUCCAAAUACACGUGCCAAUUAUUUGGCCAGCCCCCUUCUGGUGAUAGCUUAUGCAAUAGCUGGACGAGUAGAUAUUGAUUUCGAAACCGAACCAUUGGGUACCGAUGCAAAUGGCGAGAAUGUUUACCUUCGGGAUAUUUGGCCCACUCGUUCGGAGAUACAGGAAGUCGAGAAUAAGCAUGUGAUUCCAGCCAUGUUCCAAGAAGUUUACAGUAAAAUUGAACUUGGCUCCGAGGAUUGGCAGACAUUAGAAGUAUCAGAAGAUAAAUUAUAUCCCUGGAAUGAGGAAUCCACCUAUAUUAAACGUCCGCCCUUCUUUGAAGGAAUGACCCGUGAGCUGCCAAAGUUGAACAGCAUUAAAAGUGCUCGCUGUUUGUUGUUUUUGGGCGACAGUGUAACAACCGACCACAUUUCACCAGCUGGGUCUAUUGCACGUAACUCUCCAGCAGCUCGUUUCCUGUCGGAACGCAAGUUGACCUCCAAAGAUUUCAACUCGUACGGUUCACGUCGUGGAAAUGAUGCUAUUAUGGCACGCGGCACAUUUGCCAAUAUACGUUUGGUCAAUAAAUUAAUUACCAAGACGGGACCCCGCACCAUACACAUUCCAAGUCAAGAGGAAAUGGACAUUUUCGACUGUGCUGAAAGAUAUCGCGAAGAGGGAACCCCCUUAGUCUUGGUCGUUGGCAAGGAUUAUGGCAGUGGCUCCAGUCGCGAUUGGGCUGCCAAGGGGCCUUUCCUUCUGGGUAUUAAAGCUGUUAUUGCAGAAUCAUAUGAACGUAUUCAUCGUUCUAACCUCGUCGGAAUGGGUAUUGUCCCAUUGCAAUUUUUGCCCGGUCAAAAUGCCGAAUCUCUGAACUUAAAUGGCCGCGAGCAGUACAACAUAAACAUUCCAACUGACAACAUUAAACCGGGACAAAAGAUUCAAGUCGAGGCUGAUGGCAACGUGUUCGAAACUAUUUUACGCUUCGAUACGGAAGUUGAUAUUGAAUAUUAUCGCAAUGGUGGUAUCUUAAACUACAUGAUACGUAAAAUGCUACAUUAAGCUCUGAAAGAUAGCGGCAAUGAGGUAACAUCGAAAAACCUCUAAAUGAUUACAAAAUUAAAAUAAUUUUUGUAUGCAAAAUUAUACACAGAUUUUUUUAUGAAUUUUAAGGAUAACAUAUUAAAUAAAAAAUACUACAUUGUGGUGAUGAAUAUGGUUUAACCACCAA